AUGACGACACCGGAACCGGUGAGGCUCAUCGGCUCGGCCAACAGCCCGUUCGUGCACCGCGCCGCGGUGGCCCUGCGCCUCAAGGGCGUGCCCUACGAGUUCAUCCGCGAGGACAUGGGCAACAAGAGCCAGCUGCUGCUCGCGAGCAACCCCGUCCACAAGAAGGUGCCCGUGCUCCUCCACGGCGACCACCGCGCCGUCUGCGAGUCCCUCGUCAUCGUCGAGUACGUCAACGAGACCUUCAACGGGCCGCCCCUUCUCCCCUCCGACCCCUACGACCGGGCCGCCGCCCGCUUCUGGGCGCACUUCCUUGACGACAAGAACCAGCUAGCAGAAAGAAACAUGUCUCCAUCUGUUAAGGUCAUUGGCCAUUACGCGAGCCCAUUCGCGCACCGCGUUGAGGCCGCUCUGCAGCUCAAGGGCGUGCCAUACGAGCUGAUCCAGGAAGACCUGAGCAACAAGAGUGAGUUGCUGCUCGCCAAAAACCCUGUGCACAAGAAGGUGCCCGUGCUCCUCCAUGGCGACCUGGCGGUCUGUGAGUCCCUCGUCAUCGUUCAGUACGUCGACGACGCCUUCGACGGGCCGUCUCUCCUGCCGGCCGACCCCUAUGACCGUGCCAUGGCCCGUUUCUGGGUUGACUUCAUGGAAAACAAGUGCUCCAAGUCGUUCUGGCUGGCACAUUGGGCGGAGGGUGAGGCGCAGAAGGCUAUGGUGAAAGAGACCAAGGACAACCUGGCGCUCCUGGAGGCGCAGCUCGACGGGAAGAGGUUCUUUGGUGGUGACACGGCCGGCUACGUCGACAUAGCCGUGAGUGCGUUAGGUCCUUUUCUCUCAGUGCUUGAGGAGGUGACUGGACUGACCUUGGUGGACGCCAAGGAGUUCCCUGCUCUACGCCAGUGGUCCAAGGAGUACAAUUCCAAUGAAGCGCUGAAGCCUUGCCUGCCGGACAGGGACCGACUCGUCGCCUACUUCACUGAAAACAUCGAGAUGUACAAAAUGAUCGCCAAGACAAUGUUGCAGCAGUAG